AUGGCCAGUGCCUGCAUUGAAAUAGCACAAACGACAAGUGAAUCAAACAAAAACACGAUCCAGUCACCUGGGUUUCCUCUAGUACGACCACCUGGACCUUACACCUGCACAUAUCACCUUAAGACUCACCUGGUUGAUGGGCGUGUCUACUUGGUCUUUGAUGACUUUUUGAGUAUAUGUAGUAUUCAUCAACUUGGAUGUGAUAAUGAUAAGGAUUUUCUGAAGGUAUACGAUGGUGCUAACUCAAGUUUUCAAUUGUUAGAAUCAUUUAAUUUUACAAUGACAAAGAGACCACAGGCAAUAUUAUCAUCUGGAACGAGCUUGUACAUUGAAUACAUUGUCUCAUCAACAUACGAAGCAUACAUAUUCUCAGGAUUCAAAGCGACUUACAGUUCUAUUCCGUCCAUUCCAUUCAAAUUGUCUCCACCACAUACAAGCAUUCAAACAUUCAGAUAUUUUGAAAAUGGAAAUGGACUGAUCCACUUUCCAGUAGGGGGUUAUGAAGGAGAAAUUGAUGUGCUUUGGUUAUUCAAAGCAGGGCAGAUCAAUAGCGCAAUGCAGAUUUACCUGUACAUACAGUUCAACCUAAGUUCAGUUGAUUUGAGUAGCUUGCUGCACUUGGAAGUCCUCGAUGGCAUCUCAUCCAGAUCCCCGGUCCUUCUCAAUCUCAGCCUGCCUGGUGGAGGUCUUGAGCGUGACAUAAGCCUUUACUCUUCUAAGGACAGCCUCUAUAUGCGUCUGCGUUCCGAUUCUUUGAAAACAUGGCUGGAUGCAUUAGACGUUGUAUUUUCAUUUUUUGUAAAAAGUGAUACCAGAGACUGUAAGGAUUUUGAAUGUGAUAAUGGGUGGUGUAUCUCAAGCAGCUUAUUAUGUGAUGGAUACAACCACUGUGCUGAUGGCUCUGAUGAAAAGUAUUGUGAUUAUGGAUGCCAAGAUUUUGAAUGUGCCAAUGGGGGUACCUGUCAAUCGACGAUUGGGGGUGAAUUUUAUUGUGACUGUGCCCCUGGCUUCAUUGGUCCUAGAUGUAAGAAGACAUAUAACGGUUAG